AGGAAGAGGAGGAGAAGGAGCAGGAGAAGGAGGUGGAGGAGGAGGAAGAAGAAAAUAAAGAAGAGGAGGAAGGAGAAAAGGUGGCAACGAAGGCGAAGGCGAAGGUGGUGGAGAGAGAAAGCAGUCGCCGACUCAGCUAGUAGUAGUAAUAGAAGCAGAAGUGGGGAUCGCGCGCGUCGGAAGGAACGAGAGAAGGAGAAGGAGCAGAGUAGUCGGUGGUGGGGGAAAGCGAGAGUGCAGAGAAGCAGAGGCAGCGCGUUGAGCCACGAGGGGGCUAUUCGAGCGAGAAGGGGAGGGGUGGCAAGGAGCCCUGGCGGGGAGGGGACGCGGAGGCCUUCGGGGGGCCGACCAACCAGACGGCCGAUGAUGUCAUCGGAGGAGGAGACCGAGUGUUUCGCCCUCUACGGAGCAACCACGGAAAGCAAGCAACAGCAACUCCUGAAGAAGCAGAAGCGCACUAGGCAGCGCGUGGACGCCGGCGAGCCACGCAACAGCUACUCGAGCAUACCGAACUUUAGCUCUCGACCAUCCUUCCUCGGUGGUGGUCUGUACGGCUCGAUCUUCAGUGGUAGCGGGCCAACGUCGCAUCAACAACAACAACAACAACAACAACAACAGCAGCAGCAACAACAACAGCAACAACAACAACAGCAGCAACAACAACAACAACAGCAACAACAACCUCAGCAACCACAACUUCAUCAACAUCACCACCAGUCACAGCAGCAACAGCAGGCUGGAGCGGCUGGUAGUCAAGGUCACUUGGGGGCAGCGACGACGGGUCCUACAACCCAAAAGCAUUCCGCCCACGCGGCCUUCGGCUUCUUCGGGGCAUCGGGCUUCGGCCCCGCCAAGAUGCUGAACGAAUUACUCGGACGGCAGGUCAAGCAGGCCAGUGAUGCUGGCGGUUCGCCGCCAGAGGGCGGACAUGGGAUGACCGGUGCCGGCAUGGAUCCAAACGCGAAUCUCCAACCGGGGGCAGUUGUCAAUUGUGACGAUCCCGCCACGGCUGAGUUAACACAACACAUGCUCCGUGAUAUUCUCCAGGGUCGAAAGUUACCCGCCCUUUCCGUGCAAGAACAACCAAACAAUAACAACAAUAUACAUAAUAACAAUAAUAACAACACAACCGCGGAUAUCCUCAAGUCCCAGCAACAGCACCAGCAAAGUCCCCAACAGCAGCAGCAUCAACAAAAUAGUGAUAGUGCGCGCAGUGGAACAGUGCAGAGUGGCGAAGAAGAAAGUGGUGAUGGAAAUAACGUCCUUGUGAAUAGCACGAACCAUAGUGAUCGUGAUACGGUGAUGCCUGCUGACGCGGAAGAUAGCGCCGAGGACGCCGCCUCCACGGUACGUGCCAUGGAGGAGGCAUUCGCCGAGGUAGGCAUCGAGCCUGGUACCAAUCUCGAUGGCUCCGAUUGCGAUCAGAGUUUGCCACCCAGCCCCACGGCUCCGAGAUCGGCCUCGGUGUCGGUCAAGGAAGAAAUUCAGGACUCUUUGAACAUCAAGCGUAGUCCUAGCCAUUCUCCUUGUCCGAUCAUACCUAAAACCGAGACUAGUUCUCCUACAACGGAAUCAAAGCGCGCCCGGGUGGAAAACAUUGUUAGUACGAUGCGCAGUAGCCCUGCACUUCAGCCUACUCCAGUAAACGGUUGUAAGAAGCGAAAGCUUUAUCAACCGCAACAACAAACCGUUCACCACGUUCUCCAACAUGGUGUCAAUGACACCAUGAUGGAUUACGAAGAAGAAACCGAGGAAGAGGACGAUCAAUCGACGAUAAAACAAAAACGAAAGCAAAAGGCAUCUCUAAAGAGUCAGCUCAAGAUAAUGCACGAGCAGCUCGCGGAGAUGCAAGCUAAAUAUUUGGAAUUAUCGAGCAAGGUGGAGCAUGACACGAGUGAGAGUAGUGACGCACCCGCUAGUCCGCAGCAACUGCCUGAACCACCUCCUAGACCACCGAGACCUCACCCACCGGCGUUUAACGGCCUCCAGACCCUUCCACCUGACCAUCCACAUGCCACGGCAGCCGCCAUGUAUCACAUGGGUCACAAAUUGUACCUUGGACAUCAGCAGUCCGCACUCGAGAGGAUGAAGCAGCAUCAGGAGGCGACAGUGAGACAUCAACAACAACAGCAGCAGCAACAGGUGCAACAACAGCAACAGCAGCAGCAGCAACAACAACAGCAGCAACAGCAGCAGCAACAGCACCAGCGACAAAGUUCUCCGCAACCGCCUAGUCAAGCGCAGCAACCGAAUCAGAGCAAUACCGGACCGUCCACGCCGCAAACGCCACAACAGCCGAUCAGUAGUAGCACGCCCUUGCAACAAAAGGACUUGAAAGAAAGGUUAAAUGUUUGCAUUGGUGCAAAUGCAGCGACAGCUUCUUCGGGGCCACACAUAACCGGCGCGGAUCUCGAAAUUUUGGCUAACAUUCUUAAAACAGAAAUCACUUCGUCGUUCACUACUUUAAUCGACAGUAUAGUUGCGAGGUUCGUUCAGCAAAGGAGGAUCGUCGGUAAGCAAAGUGAAGCGGCACAGGCUGUCACUGAGCAAAUGAGACAGGAACUUCUAAUAGCGACUCAAAUGCUCGAAAGGAAAUCGCCAAGGACGAAGGUAGUCGAUAGGGGAGCUCCACAACCUACCGGUGGCCCAAACGGGCCACGGGGGCCCCUAACCGGUGGGCCCCCUCCAACACAACCAACGGCUUUUUCCCAAAUAGGGCCCAUGGGUGGUGGGCACCAUGGUCCUCUCUCUGGUCCCACAGAAAAUAAUUUAAAUCAGAUGAAUCAGCUACCCCCGCACGUCAGGCCCAACGUUGGAAUGUUUCAGACACCGAUGCCGCAAAAAUUAUACGGCAUCGGACCGAUACAGUCGCAACAGCAGCAGCAACAGCAACAACAGCAGCAACAACGCGAACAGCAGCAGAGGGAGCAACAACAACGUGAACAAUAUUGCAAUCUGAGGAACGACGAGAGGGAAGUCAGGGAUUCGGAACAGAAUGAGGCUCUCUCCCUCGUCAUGACGCCGAAAAAAAGGCGGCAAAAGGUAACCGAUACGAGAAUCACACCAAGGACUGUAUCAAGAAUUCUUGCGCAGGAGGGCAACGGAUCUCAAGGAGGCAGUGAAAGUCCUCCGCCAGCUCCACCACCGAGACCUUACCACGCACCACCACCAAUGCUGCCAGUGUCCCUGCCAACAAGCGUAGCGAUACCAAACCCGAGCCUUCACGAAAGUCAGGUCUUCUCGCCGUACUCGCCGUUCUUCCCGGGAAUCAACCCCCCACGUGGGGGCCAUGCAGGUCAGGUACCAGCACCGGGAUCGCAUCAGCUGCCUGCGAGUCCUCCAAGUGGACGCGUAGAACUCAGGGAUUCUCCUCCACUCUCGCACGCCCCAGCCAUGUUGCAUCCUGUUCUACUUGCGGCUGCACAACACAGCAGUCCGGAAUAUGGUCACCUAAGGAUGGACAACAACGACCGGGUCAGUGAUUGCAACUCCGGAGACAUCAGCUACGACGGAAUUCAGCCUACAUCGUCGACGCUGACGCCGAUGCAUCUGAGGAAAGCGAAGCUGAUGUUCUUCUGGGUAAGGUACCCAUCUUCGGCAGUCCUCAAGAUGUACUUCCCCGAUAUCAAAUUUAAUAAGAACAAUACAGCGCAGCUGGUCAAGUGGUUCUCCAAUUUCCGGGAGUUCUACUAUAUUCAAAUGGAGAAGUACGCGAGACAAGCGGUUUCGGAAGGCGUAAAAAACGCUGAAGACCUUCGAGUAGGAGGUGAUUCCGAAAUUUAUCGGGUGCUGAACCUACACUACAACCGUAACAACCACAUUGAGGUAUGGGAACCCCAGGUGCCGAGUAAUUUUAGGUUCGUGGUCGAACAGACGUUAAAGGAAUUCUUCAAAGCGAUUCAGGGUGGUAAAGAUUCUGAACAAAGCUGGAAGAAAUCCAUUUACAAGGUGAUCUCGAGGCUGGACGAUCCUGUACCAGAAUACUUCAAGAGUCCAAACUUCCUGGAGCAGCUUGAAUGAAUCAGGAGGUCGCGUGGCUCUUGCUCUUCGUGGUGCUCGGGGCCACCGACGCUAGAAGUUUCCCAGUAAUCAAAAGAAGUCAAAGAAAAAGAAGAAUUAAAAACGGCUGAGAUGAAGAGGAAAGGUUCGCCACCAUCAUCACCAUCACCACCAUCACCACCACCACCAUCAGCAACAGCGUUGUCGUCAUCGUCGCCGUUCGAGGGACACUCGACUCCCUCGCACGUACACGUUCAGGUAUCCUAAAAUAACAUAUCGCAAAACGAAGCUGAAAUGGCGAGGAAUUAGAACGACGCGUUGUUCUGAGAAAAGGAAAGAAGAAGAUGAGCGUCGUUAAAUCCGUCGAAAUCAGGGGGAAAAAAAUAUAAAUAAAUAAAAAACUAAUAAUAACGAAAAAGAUGCGUGUACACGGACGAGAUUCUAACCGACGAAGGAUCAGGCUGUGAUCUAAUCGCGAUAUAUCGUAAGAUCGUACGAGGGAAAUUGUUAGGAGAGAUUAUAAACGAAUAUGAACGAAAGACGUAUAAAAGAAAAAUAAAGAAAGAGAGUACACUAGUCGAUUUACUCGACGAAUGACGAGAAACCGCGAGUCAACGAUCGAGCACGAGUUCAAUUAUGAAUUUUUCAUCGUGCUCGAGACUUUCUUUCGUAGGGUCUGUUUGUUAAUGUAAAAAAGGGAGAUAAAAAGAAACGAAUAAUGCAUUAUUAUUACCCGCCUAACUUUUAAGUCUCUGAUUCAUUCGAAAUCGAUGCGACGAAUAGGAAAUAAAAGAAAAGCCUUCGAGGACGGGACUGUAUUCACGGGGAAUGGUGAGUUAUUCUCGCCAUUAUUAAAAAAAGAAAAAUAAAUAAAUAAAUAAAAUAAAUAAAAUAAAAUAAAAAAAAAAAGCCAAUACUAUCGAGGAUCGAUAAAUGCGCGGUGCACGUGGACGAGUAUCUCUCGGUGAUCUCGAACAACUCGAUGGAUCGUCUUCUGCUUUUCGAGAAAUACCGGAAGAGGAUCCAUCGACGAUUCACCAUGAAACGAUUCACGACAGAUGGCUCCUGUUGCCCUUCGUCCUAAAUCGUAUCAACGGUGUUAAUUAAAAACCAAGAAGAAAAAUAAAAGAAAAAGAUUAAUAAUAAAACACUAGUAAGAAAAA